UCCUCAGUCAGACGCGGUUUGUUGGUUCUGCAGAGGUGAAAGCGAGCACAUAAAGGAUUAAAAUUAUAAAGGAUUAAACAGUUAUAAAUGAUGUGUGUAAAGUCGUUGAUGUGAAGUGAUUUGAUCGGUGAUCGGUGUGUGAGCUGAGCUAAAUUCGGUAUAUCACAUGCACGAGCGCGCGCGCGUGCACGCACCCUGGUGUUAUUGAUGACAGCAGCCUUUGUCUGAAAAACCCGCAACGUGGGACGUUUUAUCAAUAAAUAAACCUAGAACAGCACCAGAGAGGAUUUUAUUAAACAAUCGGACCUUGUCGGUUGAUCUGAUCAGGGUGUAAAAUGUCUCUGCACGGUAAAAGGAAAGAGAUUUAUAAAUACGAGGCACCAUGGACGGUGUACGCCAUGAACUGGAGCGUCCGGCCUGAUAAACGCUUUCGCCUCGCACUCGGCAGCUUCGUGGAGGAAUAUAACAACAAGGUGCAGCUGGUGGGUCUGGAUGAAGAGAGCAGUGAGUUUGUGUGCAGAAACACUUUUGAUCAUCCCUACCCCACCACCAAGAUCAUGUGGAUUCCUGACACUAAGGGCGUCUACCCGGACCUGCUGGCCACCAGCGGAGAUUACCUGCGUAUCUGGAGGGUAAACGACACAGAGACUCGACUCGAGUGCCUUCUGAACAACAACAAGAACUCAGACUUCUGCGCCCCUCUGACCUCUUUCGACUGGAACGAGGUUGACCCCAACCUUCUUGGUACAUCCAGUAUUGACACUACCUGUACUAUCUGGGGUUUGGAGACUGGGCAGGUUCUAGGGAGAGUCAACCUGGUGUCAGGCCAUGUCAAGACCCAGCUCAUUGCCCACGACAAAGAGGUGUAUGACAUCGCGUUCAGCCGUGCUGGUGGCGGGCGUGACAUGUUUGCGUCUGUAGGAGCGGAUGGCUCAGUGCGCAUGUUUGAUCUUCGUCACCUGGAGCACAGCACCAUCAUUUACGAGGAUCCUCAGCAUCACCCGCUGCUUCGCCUCUGCUGGAACAAACAGGACCCCAAUUACCUGGCUACCAUGGCUAUGGACGGCAUGGAGGUGGUGAUUCUGGAUGUGCGUGUGCCCUGCACGCCUGUGGCUCGGCUCAACAAUCACCGUGCGUGUGUGAACGGCAUCGCCUGGGCACCUCACUCCUCCUGCCACAUCUGUACUGCAGCGGACGAUCAUCAGGCUCUGAUCUGGGACAUCCAACAGAUGCCCCGUGCCAUCGAGGACCCCAUCCUGGCCUACACCGCAGAGGGAGAGAUCAACAAUGUGCAGUGGGCGUCCACUCAGCCCGACUGGAUCGCCAUCUGCUACAACAACUGCUUGGAGAUUUUGCGCGUUUAACAGCGCCUCUUCCGCCUCGGCCUCUGCCGCCGCCGCUGCUGACCCUAGCUCCCCCGCCACGGAGAGCGGGGCCAGCACUAGCGACAGCCAUGUGGAGGGUGCGGGCGCCUGGUUCCUCUGCUGCUGUAGAGGAGUGGAGCUGGCAGGAGGACUCGCCUAGUGGACGUGACUCCGGGGUUGAGAAGACCGGAAGGAAUCUGUUUUUAAGCAAUUGUGUGUGUGUCUUUUUCAUGUCCCGUUUAAUGUGUUAUUUUAGUUGUUAGAUUUAUUAGGGUUUAGUUUAUUUUGCAGUGGAAUUACUGCAUUAGUGUGAGCCGGGCUGGAUGAUAUGACAAUGUGUCAAUAACAUCAUGGUACACUCGUCUGGGUAUCAUCAAGUGUCAGUGCUUUAAUAACUUUACUGUUAUUCACUGUAACUGGGUGACAAAAUCUAUUUUUGUACAUACGGAUUCAGGAUUCAUUUUUUUAAUAAAAAACUUUGUGAAUCAGAUAUUUACUCAUAUCAUCCAGCCCUGAUGUGUAGAUAUAUCAAAAAAGAUAUAUCAUUAAGAGCAUCCUGCAUUUCAAGUAAGCUAUGAGUGAAGACUAUAGUUAGCCAACAGCAGACCUUCUAAUGAGCUUGGAAUAAUGCUUUUAUAGCAGCUUGUUGCAAACAGUCGAGAGUCUAUAAAUUCCCAAGAAGGUGUCGCGUCUGGUUCGAUCUGUAGCUUCGGAGAAAUUAUUUUGGUCCAACAGUGCACAGUGACUCAAAGACUUUCUGAAACAUUUGAUUGACAACUGAAUACAUGAGACGGAUCUAGGAAAAGAAAAGCAUGAAAUCCAUCAAGAUGCAUCAGUCUUGAUUUCCUGAGCUCUGAAUAUUUGUUCAUACUGAUAACAAAUACAGAUCCAAUACUUGUUUGUGCAACAUUAAAAAAACCUGCUACAUAAAAUACAACACUGAGCUGCAGUUUCAGGCCAGUAUCAUUUCUAUAUCAAUACUUUCAGAUUGUGUCCUUAAUUAUUCAAGUUUAUGUCUUCAACAUGACCAGUUGUCAAUUAAAUCUCUAUUUGAGGUUAAGUAUAAAUAGCAUCAAGUAUAAAUACUCGUUGGUGAGCAGCUAAGUGACCGGACUUUUUUCACCUCUCAGAUUUUAAGCUCACUCAUUUUUUUAGCAUGUUAGUGCUCGCUAUGAGAGUUGUACAUACAUAUAUAAAUAUUAUAAAUAGCUGGGGCGAAUGUUUAUUGUGACCGUUACAGGUUAUUACAGUCUGUUCAUUAAGCAGUUUGGCUGUCAUAAAAGUUAAUUGUAAUAUUUCACUGUUUCAGUGUGUAACUGAAAAUAGAAGCUUUUAGGAAACUGAUUUAGGCCACAAAGAUUCAGUGACUGUGUGAUUACAUGUAUGUGCCCGACAGCUGCUGUUUUCUAUUAAUAAACCUGCAUUGUUCUUCCAUAAA